CCUCCCUGUGCAACCCAACCAGAGGAUAAGAUAAGCCCCGCCCUGAAUCCCCCGCCCUCCUCACCACCGCCCCCCAUUCCUACCUCCGCCUCCGCCGGCGAUGGGCCAGUCGCCGUCCUCGACGGCCUCCGUACUCGUCCGCCGCGGCCCCGACCCCGACCCCGACCUCGACCUCGACCUCGGCGGCCGCUCGGCUUCCAAGUCGAAGGCCGUGAUCUGGCCGGUGCCCGGGGAGGCCGCCGGCGAGUGCGCCGCCCCCGAUCUCUCCGUGUCCGUGUCCGUGUCCAUCUCCGAUCUCCCCGACGAGUGCCUGGCCUGCGUCUUCCAGUACCUUGGCUCCGGCGACCGGAGCCGGUGCUCCCUCGUGUGCCGCCGCUGGCUCACGAUCGAAGGCCAGAGCCGCCACAGGCUCGCCCUCAAUGCCCAGUCGGAGCUGCUGGACUCGGUCCCGGCGCUGUUCGCGCGAUUCGAUGCGGUCACGAAGCUCGCGCUCAAGUGCGACCGCAAGUCGCUGAGCAUCGGCGACGACGCGCUCGUGCUGAUCUCGCUCAAGUGCAGGAAACUCACGCGCCUCAAGCUGCGGGGCUGCCGCGAGCUCACCGACACGGGGAUCGCGGUCUUCGCGAGCAAUUGCCGGGGGCUGAGGAAGCUCUCCUGCGGAUCUUGCGCGUUCGGAGCCAAAGGCAUGAACGCCGUGAUCGAUCACUGUGCCUCGCUCGAAGAGCUGUCCGUGAAGCGGCUCCGGAGCCCCGCCGAUGGAGCUGCGACGGACCCGAUUGGGCCCGGCGCGGCGGCGGCUUCCCUGAAAACGAUUUGCUUGAAGGAGCUUUACAAUGGGCAGUGCUUCGGUCCGCUGAUCAUCGGCUCCAAGAAUUUGAGGACGUUGAAGCUGGUGAAGUGUUACGGAGACUGGGACACGGUGCUCCAAGUUAUGGUGCAGAGGGUCGCGAAGAUAGUGGAGAUCCACCUGGAGAGGAUCCAGGUAAGCGAUUUCGGCAUCGCCUCGCUGUCUAAUUGCUCGGAUCUUGAGAUACUGCAUCUGUUGAAGACGCCGCAGUGUACGAACUUAGGGCUCGUAUCGGUCGCCGAACGUUGUAAGUUAUUGAGGAAGCUCCACAUUGAUGGACUGAAGCUGAACCGCAUUGGCGACGAUGGUUUGAUUGCCGUCGCGAAGCAUUGCCCUAAUCUGCAAGAGCUCGUUCUUAUCGGGGUCAAUCCUACGGAAUCGAGCUUGGAUUUGCUAGGAUCUAACUGCGGCACGCUAGAGAGGCUGGCGUUUUGCAGUAGCGAUACGGUCGGAGACCCUGAGAUUGUGUGCAUCGCGGCUAGAUGUAUGGUACUCAAGAAGCUUUGCAUCAAGAAUUGCCCUGUUUCGGAUGAAGGAAUGAAAGCAUUAGCCUCCGGUUGCCCUAACUUGGUGAAGCUGAAGGUUAAGAAGUGCGGUGGAGUGACUUCUGAGGGUGCACAUUGGUUAAGAGCGAGGAGGGAAUCGCUUGCGUUGAAUUUGGACUCCAGUGAUCAAGAACAGGUAGACGCGUUCGCCAGUGAUGGCGUAGUAGAAGAAAAUCAUGUGGAGUUUCCACCCGUACCUAGCCGAACAGCCAGCGCUAAUAUUGCAUCGUCGAGUGGCACCAGUCGGUCAUCUUCCUUUAAAGCAAGGUUGGGCAGUUUGAGCGGAAAGAGUUUGAUGGCAUGCGCAUUCAGAAGAUGGUCAAGUGGCGGUGGCGGUGGCGGCCAUGACGACCUCGCUGGGCAUCGCCUUCCAGGACACCUCGGACACGACAACUCUCCCCUCCCUCGAAAGCCAUGA